UUCAGUGUCCGCAAUGAAGGUCGUUCUGGCUUUGUUUGGAGUUUUCUUCGGUGCAAACGGCUUCCUGGUGACACAUCAGGUUUGUUACAACGAGUAUGGAAUCGGUUGUUUUAGUAGAGACUUUCCCUAUGACAACGCCGGUGGAUUCCUUCCUGAAUCACCAGACGACAUUCAGAUAAGGUUCAUACUGUACACACGGACUAGUUCCCACUCACCUCAAAUUGUUGCAAAGGACGCCAUCUCCAUCAAUCAGUCAUAUUUCCAAGGAAACCGUCGAACUAUCUUUGUUAUCCAUGGAUACAUGAGCAAUGCCAAUAAUCAAUGGAUGAGCGAUGUUGCACUUGGACUGUUGAGAAAGGAAGACGCUAACGUGUUCAUAGUUGACUGGGCCAAAGGUGCACAUAAACUGAACUACGCCCAUGCUGCAGCCAACACCCGGGUCACGGCGGCGCUUCUUGCUCAGUUCAUCGAAGCACUGCACGAUAAUGGCGGUCUACACUACCCUGAUGUAUACAUGGUUGGUCACAGCCUAGGAGCACAUGUGGCAGGCUAUGUAGGAGAGAGAAUUCAGGACAUUGGCCGUAUCACAGGACUAGACCCUGCCGGGCCACUGUUUGAAAAUGGAGACCCACGUACACGUCUAGACCCAACCGACGCCACCUUUGUAGACGCGAUUCAUACCGACGGUGAUGCAUUGAGCGACCUUGGGUUUGGACUUGAAACGCCAGUUGGUGAUUUCGAUUUUUACCCGAAUGGUGGAAUGGACCAGCCAGGAUGCCCGAACCAGACGUCAGGGAAAAUAGUUAAUAUAAUUGCCACAGGCUUAGGAGGCUUGACAGAGGGCGUAGCAUGCAGUCACCAGCGUUCUGUGAACCUGUACAUAGCGUCUCUGGAUGCUCCGUGUUCAUUCACUGCAUACCCUUGUCAGUCUUUGGUGGAUUAUACCGCCGGUAGAUGUACUUCCUGUGGUAGCGGAUGCGCGAUUAUGGGCUACGGCGCUCAGACAGGAAGCUCCAUUCACGGCGUUUAUUAUUUGACGACGUCUAGUACAACUCCGUAUUGUCAGAAUUGAUUCAGUUUAUUUCUUAAAUAAAUAAUGUAGAAUUCAA